AUUAGGUCAAUAUUACCUCAGCCUAACUAUGACGACGGCAGUUUAGCACCCAUAGUACUCAGGUUGGCAUGGCAUUGUUGUGCAACUUAUGAUGUACAAACCAAAACUGGUGGUUCAAAUGGCGCAACCAUGAGAUUUAUACCAGAAAUUACCGACGAAGGUAACACUGGAUUGGAAAUUGCAAGAAAUGCUCUCGAACCAAUUAAACAAAAUUACCCCCGUAUUAGUUAUUCGGAUUUAUGGACUUUGGCUGGCAAAAUUGCCCUUGAAUCAAUGGGGUGUCCUACCAUACCUUGGAAGUGUGGUAGAGUCGAUUGUCUAACCAGUGAUAAAGUACCUCCAAAUGGUCGAUUACCAUUUGGUGAUAAAGCAGCUUCCCAUAUUAGAUCAACUUUUGGAAGAAUGGGAUUCAACGAUCAGGAAAUGGUGCUUCUCUUAGGGGCUCAUGGCUUGGGUCGCUGCCAUAAAAAAUUUAGUGGGUGGGACGGUAAAUGGACCCAAGAUCCGAUAAAAUUCGAUAAUCAGUUUUAUAAAGUCCUUUUAGAAGAAGAUUGGCAGCUUGGAGUUGUUCCUGAAACUGGUAGGUCCCAAUACUAUAAUGGGGAUAAAUCUCUAAUGAUGCUAAACACCGAUUUGGAGUUAAUUAGAGAUGAACAAUUUGCAAAGUGGGUUAGAGUAUACGCUUAUAACCAAUCACUAUUCUUUAAGGAUUUCUGUAUUGUCUUCGGCAAACUAUUGGAAUUGGGUAUUGAAAGAGAUUCCGGGGAAAAUGUCCUUUUGCCAACAUAA